CAGCUACCCAUUUAGGACCGGAACACGACAACAGCUACAAAUUGCCAGCUCUGUCCUUUCCAGCAUUCAAUUUUUACAAGCAAAAUUAGCGAUUUUCUAGAAAUUAAAUCCGUAAUACGAGGUCAAUCAAGAACAGUUUCUUUUGAUCAAAGUAAACCUAUUUAUUUGCUUGACAAAUUGGGAAUUGAAUUUAUGACUGGUUUCUCUUUUAUCCAAAUUGUGUUCAAUUUUUCCCAAGUGCAAACUUCAAAGCCGUGAAGAAUUCUUCUAUUUUAAUAUAUUCAUAUUUGUAUAAACGCAGCACAAGAAGCGGAGACAAGUAAUAUUGAUCUUAUUCGGAAGAAUAAUAUUUGAUUUUAAGCUGUUAGAUAUAUUUCAAUUUGAUCGUUGAGCACGAAGAUUUUCUUAGAAUUCUUGAUUAUAUAUCUUCUAUUCAAGAAGUGAAACAACUGAGAAUUAUGCUUCCUCGGUAUCAUUUGGUGGGAUAAAUUUCAGUUGAUAGUUUAAGAUUCAUUGAUAGAAUUUCGUUGAUUUGAUAUGGAAAUAUCAUCUUUGUAGAUUAGUUGAUAUUUUUGUUCCUAUCUAUUUUUUUCCCAAAAAUUUUGGGUGGUAAUUUUUCGUACAUAAAUCAAAUGAAUGUGGUGGGUAAAGUUAGCAGUUUUAUUACAAAAGGAAUGUACUCUGUUGCCACACCGUUUCAUCCAUUUGGUGGGGCAGUUGACAUAAUAGUUGUCCAGCAGCAAGAUGGAACCUUCCGGAGCACGCCUUGGUAUGUACGAUUUGGUAAGUUUCAGGGUGUUCUUAAAGGGGCGGAGAAAGUUGUCCGAAUAGAAGUUGAUGGAGUUGAAGGCAAUUUUCACAUGUGUCUAGAUAAUUCUGGUGAAGCAUAUUUUGUCAGGGAAGUUGUUUCUGACAAGGACGAAAAGGCAAGCGAAGUCUUAAAGGAUUCUGAUAAUCUUGAAGGCACCAAUAUUGAUAAUUAUUCAGAAGACAAUAGUUUUCUUAUACAAGAGGCUAAUGGUUUUGAUAAUGGUGAAGUAGAGGUGCUAGACAAAUGUGUUACUCUUGGCAGGGAUCGAUUGGAGAUGAACGAGUCUGACAGUGAGCGGGUAUUCUACGAGUUUCAAGAUGAACAAUCUUCUCUAGAGGGUUCUAUUGAGUUAUCGGAAUAUGAUUCCAGUAGAUAUGAUAAUUUAGAUGGUGAGGAGCAUGUGAUAGAAUCACACACUUCGAAUUCAGAAGUAGUUCUGGUGAGUGUGGAUGGGCGCAUACUGACGGCACCCAUCUCAUCUUCGGAGAGGAAUAGUGAAAACUUGCAACUAAGCACGCCUCAGUUUCACCUUGGUCCAGGUGAAGGGUCCGAAGAAUACAAUACCAGUGAAGUUCCAUGGACCACUGGUUAUUUGAGUGAUUUGGACACCUCUACAUGUAAAGCUACUUCCGAACAUGCACAUAAGGUUGACAAUGGCAGUCAAGCUUCUGAAGGAGGUGAAGGGAAUCUCUCUAACGUGCUAGAAAGCCAGAAUGCAUCUAACCAGGGCAGAGACUUUUGCAAGGGAAGUAGUUCAGAAAACACUUCCAAUAGUUUUGAGAGGGCCGAUGUUUUCAAAAGCUGUUUGGAGCUCCAUGAAUUGGCGGUGCAGUCUAUGAAUGCCAUUCAGAAGGACACAGGUUCUUCAAUGCAGAUUCAUGAGUUUGCUGAAGAUCUAAAUGAGAAGUCCCCUCGAAGUCCUUUGAUAAAUGAUGAAACUGAAGAGGGAAAUCUAGGAAAAUCAACAAAUCAAAAUGGAUUAUCUCCCUCAUAUUCUGACUAUCCCAGCACUGUUUCUUUGAAAGAUUUGCCAGGUGAAGUUGAAACCUACGAAAAAAAGGCAUUUGAUAUGGAUCUGAAUGGUACUGAUAGCAUACCUACUGAUCAGAAACCAGCAGAGAAUCUGAUGGAUGCAGAUUUAGAAGCCAAAGGAAUGCAGGGUGACCUGCAAGCACCUGUUUCUGAAGAUGAAUGCCGUCAAGGCGAACAUCUUGACUCUCAUUCUAGAGCUUCAAUUGAAGACAUGAAAGUGGGCUUCAACACUGGAUUAGAGAUAUCUCUUUGUGGGAACUUGCUUCGCGCUGGCAUGGGUUUGAGUGCAGCAGCGGAAGUUUUUGACCGAAACUGCAUAUCGGUGGAGGAAUUUAAAGUUUCUGCCUCAUCAAUUGUUAAAAAUGAAAAUUUAAUUGCUAGAAUUCAAGGGAAAUACUUAAUAUGGGAUAAUGCUGCUCCCAUCAUUCUUGGACUGGCAGCUUAUGGUUUGAAUUUACCUGUUGAGCUGGACAACAUAAUUCCAGUGGAACAGGAAGCAACAGAAGCCAAGGUUGAUGAAUCUGGAUUGUCUUCAACUCCUUCUGGACGCACGUGGAGGCUCUGGCCAAUUCCAUUUAGGCGGGUCAAGACACUUGAGCAUACUGGCAGCAACUCAUCAAACGAGGAGGUCUUUGUUGAUUCUGAAUCUGUCUCAGAGAGCCAACUUGUCGAACCAACUCCAACUCCUCGUGCUACCAGCAAAUCUCCUAGGAAGCAAGUUAUAAGAACAAAUGUUCCCACCACUGAUCAGAUAGCUUCUUUAAAUCUCAAAGAAGGACAGAAUAUGGUGAAUUUCAUCUUCUCCACAAGGGUUCUUGGAAGUCAGAAGGUUGAAGCUCAUAUAUACCUGUGGAAGUGGAAUACACGAAUUGUAAUUUCUGACGUUGAUGGGACGAUUACUAAGUCUGAUGUUCUCGGUCAGUUUAUGCCUUUGGUUGGGAGGGACUGGACUCAUUCUGGAAUAGCUCGUCUUUUUUCUGCAAUUAAGGAGAAUGGGUAUCAGCUGUUAUUUCUGAGUGCACGAGCGAUUGUUCAAGCAUACUUAACUAAGAAUUUUCUAUUCAAUCUAAAGCAGGAUGGAAAAAGCUUACCAAAUGGACCUGUUGUGAUUUCACCUGAUGGCCUAUUUCCCUCAUUGUACCGGGAAGUUAUAAGAAGAGCUCCUCAUGAGUUCAAGAUUGCCUGUUUAGAGGAUAUCAAAGCACUUUUUCCUGCCGACUAUAACCCGUUUUAUGCGGGUUUUGGAAACAGAGACACCGAUGAACUCAGUUAUCGGAGAAUAGGGAUCCCGAAAGGCAAAAUCUUUAUCAUUAAUCCCAAGGGUGAGGUAGCCAUUAAUCACCGUAUUGACGUGAAGUCAUACACUUCAUUGCAUACUCUGGUGCAUGACAUGUUCCCACCAACAUCACUGGUCGAGCAGGAAGAUUAUAACUCGUGGAAUUAUUGGAAAAUGCCCUUGAUAGAUAUCGAAAACCGGUAGAAGUUUUCUUUACUGGUGAGCAAUGUUGGACAAAUUUCUUCUCUACCAGGAUUUUGGUAAUCAUUCCCAGUUUUGCUGUAAAACAAGGUUCUAGCAAGCUCAUUUAAAUGUAAAAAAACUCGUUAUUGUAAUGAACAUGCGCGUAGCUCAUAAGCUCCUCAUGUACGAAUAAUUUCUUGUUAGUUUUCCCUCAUGAUUCUUUUACUUCCAUUUUUCGGUCUAUGCUAUUAGUCCUUUUAUCGGCAUGCCUGUUUUUCUU